AUAAAACAACUGUAGGGGGAGACAGAAGCUCUACUUUUCUGCUGCGUUGAUAUCUCGCAAGAGCAUUGAGUCACCAUGCCUGUGGAUAUUAAUGAAUGGACAGGUUCUCUAGCGCUUACAGAGGUGGAGGAACAGCCAGCCAAGCCUCUAACUGUCAAAUAUGGCUCUUUGGAAAUUGACUCGCUGGGGAAAGUGUUCACUCCUACUCAGGUGCAAAAUCGGCCCACAUCCAUUGAGUGGGAGGGAUGUGACCCUGGUAAGCUGUACACAUUGGCCAUGACCGAUCCAGAUGCACCCAGCCGAAAAGACCCCAAAUUUCGGGAAUGGCACCACUUCCUUGUCGUCAACAUGAAAGGAAAUGACAUCUCCAGUGGAUGUGUCAUGUCGGACUACGUUGGUGCAGGACCCCCCAAGGGAACAGGUCUCCAUCGUUACGUGUGGCUGGUUUAUGAGCAACCGGACAGCAUCAGCUGCACCGAACGCGUGCUCACCAAUCGUUCUGGAGAUAAUCGUGGAAAAUUCAAGAUCCAGGGUUUCCGCAAGAAAUACGGCCUCGGUGCUCCAAUCGCAGGGUCUUGCUUCCAGGCAGAGUGGGACGACUAUGUGCCCAAACUUUACGAACAGCUUGCUGGCAAAUAAGGAAAUAAUUGCGAAUUUCUGUCGUUGCUGAACAGAGCUCGACUCAGUACAUUUUCACUUCAGCUAUUUAAAAAAUGAAACUCAUAAACUAAAAUGUUCUUUGCUUUAAAAGCCUUGUAGGAAUGAUGAAUUUCUUUUGUUCUAGUUGAAUUGCAAGAGAACUGAUCAAGCAAUUUCAGUCUAUGCCUUUAUGUCACUUCACUUGGAAGCAUUCAGACUGCCUUCAGUUUAAAAAAA